AUGAACAUCGAUACCGAACGUGUCAUUUCUGAGGUGCGUCUUAAUCCACCAUUGUGGGAUCUUUCUUGUAAUGAAUACAAAGAACGUGAUGCGAAAAUAAAAGCUUGGCAAGAAGUUUGUAAAGCAGUUGUACAAAAUUACGACGAUAUGCCUGAUAAUGAGAAAAAAGUUAUAGAAAGAAAUGUACAACAGCGGUGGAAGACGGCACGGGACGCUUACGUUAGAUGCAAAGCGUCAUUAAAAAAUACUAAGUCUGGUUCUGCAGGUGGAAACAAAACGAAGAAAUAUGUAUACUUUGACUAUAUGCAGUUUCUAGAUAAAAAACAUAUAGUAGAUACUGAGGAUUCAAUUGUGGAGAGUCAGAACACAAUUAAUGAAUCCCAACCAAAUAGCGAAAUAGGAACUAAUGACGACGCUCUAAAUUCAACUCUACCUUCACCAUCUGAAGACUCUAACUUUUGCAAGCCAAAACAAACUGCUACUGCUGAACGGAAAAAUGUGCAAGCAAGGCGUAAAAGAAUUCGUGAUGAAGACAGAGAAUUUGAUAGAGAAAUGAUGAACAUGUUUAAAGAAAAUACAAAACUUAUGCAAAACGAUGAUAUGUCAUUUUUUUGUUCGCUUUUGCCGAUUAUGACCAACUUUUCUAAUCAUCAAAAAUUACUUUUCCGUUCAGCAGUUCUACAAAAAGCAAUUGAAAUUUCCAGCGGCUCUAGUGAAGUCCGACCCUCAACAUCACAAACUUUUUUUUUGACUUCGGAAUCACAACAUUCCGAUACUUCACAUCAUAUACAACAGAAGAAUCCAGAAGAUCACCACAGCAGAUUGAGGAACUAG